UUUCAAUACUUUCUCCUCAGUGGAGACGCUGUCUAAAUCGAAUGCUUUCACCAUAUCGUUGCUCAGUGCCCGUAAAAUGUCCGCGAUUUAGCCUAACCGAAACCAACUAACUCGGCUUCGCACUACGUUACCCAUCACUCAUGGCACACAUAUGCAGACCAAACAAGCAACGUAUUCCAAGUGUUUCCUUCUCUGGCCAGUGUCUCGGCUCCGAACCAUACAACUUGGUAGAAGGAAGCUUCAAGGAUCAGAGAUCUGUUGAGCCAAGACUGUCCGUCAGCAGGGAGAUUCCCACCGCGGCAGCCAUCACCAGCAGGUGACCGGCCUGCGGGACGAGAUCAGUGAGAAGCAGAGGGUCAUCGAUGAGCUCAAUGAUCGUAACUCUAAGAUGGAGCUGGAGCUGGCUCAGGUUCGGGCGGACUUUGAGCGUCUGAAGAGUCAGGACAACUCCAAGAGCGAGCGCCUGGAGGAGCUCUCAUUCCUGCAUGAACGUCAUGAGCAGACCAAACAGGACUUGAGGGGUCUGGAGGAGACUGUCGCCCGCGAACUCCAGACCCUCCACAACCUGCGCAAGCUGUUCGUUCAAGACCUCACGUCGAGGGUUAAAAAAAGUUCCGAAAUGGAACCUGAUGAUAGUGGGGGGUCUUGCACCCAGAAGCAGAAGAUUUCCUUUCUUGAGAAUAACCUGGACCAACUUACAAAGGUUCACAAACAGCUGGUUCGUGACAAUGCAGAUCUGCGCUGUGAGCUUCCAAAGCUGGAGAAACGGCUUCGGUCUACUGCUGAGAGAGUUAAGGCCCUGGAGACUGCACUGAGGGACGCCAAGGAGGGCGCCAUGAUGGACCGCCGCCGCUAUCAGCAGGAGGUCGACCGCAUCAAGGACGCCAUGAGAGCCAAGAACGCCAUGCGUCGCCCCCACGCAGCACAGAUCGCCAAGCCGGUGAGACCGAAGCAGCUGCCAAGUUGCUCUCCCACAAAUCCGUUCUACACCUACAUCCGUGCCACUGAACACGCCAACACCUACAGCAACGCCCUCUUCCAAGGAAGCGCAACACAGCAGAGCGCCGCCAGCACCACCUGCAGCCCCAACUCUGUCCAGAGCAACACAGUUUCCACAGCACUGGGCUACAGAGCAGGCAAAUAUAAUGGAGACAUCCUGGAGUCCUUCCCACUCAACAUUGACAAUGGUAACAACCUCAGUGGAACGAGAGACAUCAAUGACAACAGGAGUGAUGUUCACUGUGGCAGCGAGGUGGAUGAUACAAACAGGCACUACAUCGUUGAGCAGGAGACAGCUGCGAGUUAAUCCCAGGAUUUGUGACCAAACACUGUUUCCAACCAUGGACCCUCCCCUCCCAUCUGCAUGCAGCCCGUCCCCCUGUCCCUCCACUGCAUCACUGAUGAAGACGAAGAUGAGGAUCUGUAGCCCUGUAUUGUAAUUACUAGCUGAAGCCCCCCCCCUACUCUUAUGGUGACCACCCUCAUCGUCAGGUUUGGGAUCGGUCCACUCCAGUUCAGUCAGUGCAAGUAAUACAUCAAAUCAGAUGUUUUUAUAGUUACAGAAUAACCACAACGAAUUUGACCACAAUUUGCAAGAAGAUGCCUUUGAUGCUGAUUAACCCCCCGAGGUGUUUGAACUGAGGUGGGUCUGACUCCAUCCCUGAACACCUAGUACACACAUGUUGUAAAUAAUAGUGCUGUAUACUCCAGUAGAGGUUUUCGACCAGCAACUGUUUGUGGGAGCGCACAGCCUCCACCGUCCCCCGCACACGUCUCCUGUAGGGCAUCACGUGGACGACAUACAGUAGGCACACACAGGGCCGGUCUUUCCUACAGGCGACAUAGGCGGUUGCCUAGGGCGCCACUCAGAGGGGGGCGCCAAAAACUGGGCCGAGCAAAAGAAAAAUCUAAAAAAUAUAUUUUUUCAGGUAGUUUCAUUAGAGAAAUCAGUAAUGGCAGCAGCACUCAAGAGGAACGUUUGGCACAGGAGCAUUUGCAUCCCGUCCUGUCUCUUUGGGGGUUCCGCCCACCUGCCAGAUACCAGUCUGGAUGAGGAACUGAAUGCUUCUUUCUUUAUUGCGGCUGCAUUCAUCCUGUAUUCUACAGGUUAGUAGUGGGUGAGAGUCACCUACGUUAGCUCCUAAAGCCUCGCUUGAUCACCACGGGUGUCAUUGAGACAUGUUGAUGUUGUUUUGAUUGUCUACUUAGAGUUAGACUGGUAAUAACUUAGAAACUCUGCUUGGCAGUGAGGACAGACACGCGCACUAGGUGGGCGGGGCUACAUUCUCGUGUAUUGGUGUUUGUUUUACCUGCGCGUCGUCUUGCAGGCGGGUCGCGAUAGUAUAUUGUUUACUUAACAGUGUGUAGUUCAGCUCCGACAGACACAGACUCUGUAAUUAAUGUAUUGUUAUUGUGCAUUAUAAAGACCAGUUAUAAUCUUAUGUUCAAUAGGUCUAUAUUGUAAAUGUUUAUAUUUCUUUAUGAGUGAUAAUGUAUAUUAAGAUGUUUGGAGGAAAGAGACACCAUAAUAAUUUAAUGUAUGUUUUAUGCACUUUAAAAUGCAGUUACACUCAAAGAAAUGCUUGUACUAGAAAUUGUGUUUAAUUUGAAUAAGAUGCAGUCUGGAUGUGGAACUGAAGGCUCCGUGUCCUUACUGCUGCUGCAUUGCGGUUGUAUUCUACAGAUAUACUUUGUUGCUGUGGUAUCAAUUUUGGGACCCAUAACAUAUAUCUCCAACAAAUAUUUUGACAUGAAUUUUUUUUAUCUGACAUAAGGGUAAAAUGAGGCAAAAAUGUAGGUACGUACCUCCUUGGUGUUGUCAGAACAUGAUAGCACAUUGAGGCGUAUGGUUAGAGUGUGUAUGUCCAAGCAACUUCGACGAAGAAAGAAAUAAUUUUAUAUUAAGUUUUCGUGGAAAAUCGUUUUGAAAAAUUAUUUUUUGUGGGGAGGGGGGGGAGGGGGGGGCGCCAGGAGUGAAGCCUGCCUAGAGCGCCAAAUGUGCUAGGGCCGGCCCUGACUCCAUAAGUUACAGAAUUCAUUACUUGGGUUAAAUGCAGUUUCCUAAAUUUUCUGCCACAGUUUGUUCUUUUUUCCCUUCACCUUGGUGAACUCCUCGAGCUCUUCUGUGUAAUGGUUCUUCAACAUAUGAGAUUGCUGACAUUGUCCCGCGAUUUGGGUUAAGAUGGUGAAAAUGGAUGUUCACCUGUACAAUUUUUAAUUAUUAAAAAACCAUGGAAGGCAAAACCA